CAAAAUAAAAGUUAAAAGCAUAAACAACUAGUCUGUGUGCCCGUGGUCAGGUCAAAGACAGCGUUCUAAAAGCCCGUUCACGGGUCACGUGACGAACACGUCCUUCCGGUCCGGAGCUGAUCGUCGGGCUCGGAGGUGAACGGAGAACGCUCGGGGUUUCUGCUGAACGAGUCGGGGUCGGUUUCACGUCUGAAUCGAGGAGAUAUGGAGAUCUCGUUCAGAGGAAAGAGAGCUCUAGUGACUGGAGCUGGGAAAGGGAUUGGACGGGCCACGGCUCUGGCUCUGGCUCGCUGCGGGUCAAAGGUCACGGCCGUCACGCGCACUCGGGCCGAUCUGGAGAGUCUGGUGCUGGAGUGUCCCUCCAUUGAGCCGUGUCCCUCCAUUGAGCCGGUGUGUGUGGAUCUGUCAGACUGGGACGCCACAGAACAAGCUCUGAAGGACACGGGUCCCGUGGACCUCCUGGUCAACAACGCUGCCUGCGCUAAACUGCAGCCCUUUCUGGACGUCACGCCGGAGCAGUUUGACCAGUCUUUCAGCCUCAACGUCAAAGCUGCUCUUCACGUCGCUCAGAUCGUGGCUCGAGGGAUGAAGUCCCGGGGAUGUGGAGGAUCUAUCGUGAACGUCUCGAGUCAAGCCUCACAGUGCGCUCUGAAAGAUCACGCUGUUUACUGUGCCACUAAAGGCGCGCUGGACAUGCUGACCCGAGUGAUGGCGCUGGAGCUGGGCCCGUAUCAGAUCCGGGUGAACUCGGUGAACCCGACCGUGGUGAUGACCGAGAUGGGGAAGAUCGGCUGGAGCGACCCGGGAAAAGCCCGGAGCAUGACGUCCCGGAUCCCGCUGGGCAGAUUCGCAGAAGUGGAGGACGUGGUGAACUCCAUCCUCUUCCUCCUCAGUGAUAAGAGCAGCAUGACCAGCGGGGCUCUUCUGACCGUGGACGGGGCUUCCUGGCCUGCUGAGAACCUGCUGAGAACCUGCUGAGAACCUGCUGAGAACCUGCUGAGAACCUGCUCUGAAGCGUUCAGAGCCGAUGAGACAGGAAAUACUUCAGGAGUUGAUUUCUGAUGCUGUAUGUAGAGAUCAGUAUUCACAUCUUUCAGCAUCACUCAUAUACUGUACUGCAGCUUUUAUUCAUAUUUAGAAU